AUGAAGAUAUUAAGCUGGAACUGCCAAGGGCUUGGGAACCCUUGGACAGUUCGAAGCCUGCGCGACAUCGUGCGGGUUCAAGCGCCUACAGUUUGCUUUUUAAUGGAAACUAGAUUAGACAAGGAGGGGUUUGACAGACAGUUAGGGGACUUACCGUUUCCAAACAAAAUCAUAGUGAAGCAACCGAAUUCAGGAGGGGGUUUAGCAUUGAUUUGGAGAGCAGGAGUGCAGAUGGAGCUUAUCAAUUUCACCAUGAACCACAUUCUUGUCAAAGUUACGGCAGAAGAUGGGUUCGUCUGGUUUCUCACCGGCUUUUAUGGGUGGCCUGAAGCUUGCCAACGGGGUAAGUCUUGGGCUUUGCUCAAUCAUCUGAGAUCAUUUGUUGAUGGGCCAUGGGUUUGUAUAGGUGAUUUUAAUGCCAUCCUCAACUCAUCGGAGAAAUUAAGCAAUACACCGCCACAACAGAGGCUUAUGGAUGACUUCCGGCAGGCGUUGGACAUGGUUCAUUUGUUUGACUUAGGCUUUGAAGGGUACCCAUUUACUUGGAACAACAGACGACCGGGAUACGCAAACACUAAACAGAGGCUAGACAGGGCGGUAGGGAAUGAGGCUUGGAGAGCAAAAUUCUGUUUUUCUAAGGUAACUCAUCUAUCCUCAUAUGCCUCUGAUCAUCUUCCAAUUGUGCUCCAUGUGAAGGGCGGGAAAAAAUGGCAAGGACGGGUUUGUCGUGGCUUUAAGUUUGAGGAGGCGUGGCUUCUAUGGGAUGACUGUGAGGCAGUGGUAGAGGAGGCUUGGGGUAAGGGAGGUGUUCGGCCAAAUGCCUUAGAGACAACAAGACAAAAAAUUGAAACCUGUGGGGCGGAUUUGUUGGCAUAG